GAUAAGGAUUAAACACAAGCAUGGACUUAGGUUAUAAAGUCCUCAUUUGUGUCACCUUGGCUGUCCUUAAGUAUGCAUUUGCAGUUGAAAUCCAUGCCAGCCCAAACACAGCCACAACUCUUCCAUGCAAUGUGACAUUUCCUGAUGUUAUAAAGGACACAGUAAAUGAGUCUUUAAUUCAAGCAAGCUGGGUGAAAAAUGGCUCUGAAAUUGCCUCAUUUCGAGAUUCUAUGUCUCAAAUAAAUGAUGAUUUCAGUUGGGAUGUGGCCAACUUUCUCAAAGGAGACUUUUCACUGACCAUUAUAAUGGCCAGUCUCACCCUGCAGGGAGUGUAUGAAUGCGCCGUCAUCUACAACUCCACACAGCUGCACUCGGAUAAUGUUACCUUCAGUAUUGUGGCAUCUCCCACUUUGGACAUUCCUCAGCAAUGGGUCGUACUGGAGAGAGAAAACCAUCUAAAAUGCAGCGUGUCUGGUUACUAUCCACCUCCCAUAUAUUUGUCCUGGACAAAAAAUGGGCAAGACAUUCAGCCACCAUAUCAAAUUGAAGGUGAACAAACUGCUGAUGGUUACUACAGAGCUAACGGGAAUCUGACUAUUUGGCCUUCAAGUGAUGACAAAAAUGAUACCUUUGGAUGUAAAGUGUUGCAUAGUGGUGUGGAACAACAGCUUGAAUUUCAACUUAAUGUCACUUAUGUUCCCAAGAUAAAGCUGUCAGCCGUGCCCACAGCCUCCAGCAAAGACCCUCUGACUAUUUACUGUGACAUUGAAAGUUUCUACCCUGAAGACAUGUUUGUAUCCUGGCUUCAAAAUGGCACCGCUUUGCCUGAAUACCCUACACUAGACCAAAAUCCAGAUGGGACCUACACUACUAGACGAUUUUAUACAUUAACCCCAAAGCAGAGGCAGCAGGGUGGGGAGGUGGGGUGUGCCGUGGACCAGCCCGGAGUGUUACAGGCGACCAGGACCUCAGAGAAUCUCGAGAAACUGGACCCCCAAGAUGACACUCCUGUUCUGACUAAAUCUGCCAAAGCUUCUGUGGCAUUGAUGGUUAUAUCACUUGUUCUGGUUUUUCUACUUUGUUUUGGAUUUUCUUGGAGGAGACGAGAUGAAAAAAAGAAAUCUUUAAACAUCUCAGGGAUUAUUUUGCCUCCUCGUGUGAUUGUGGGCCAGAAGGGAAGAGUCACCAUAAGCAUUGAAGGAAGGAGGGUCGACCGAGUCCAAACCUCAUGGUUUCUCAAUGACACCCCCAUCUUUGACACCUCCAUUACAGCGUCAGAAAAGGGCCCGCUGCUGCCGCCUAGAGUCCAAAUGGGUUACUACAAGCUGCACACCCAGGCCCCACUGCACUCGACCAAGAGCGGCACCCAGCAGCUCAUCUCUGCCCUCACCUUCAUCCCGCAGAUCUCCAUCCAUAAGGGGGCAGUCUUCAAGUGCCAGGUGUCUUAUGUUGGAAAAGACAAGAUAGUGGAAGAAAAGGUGUCAGAGAAAUUCACCAUUCUCUCUGAACCCGACGUUUCUGAAAUCCAACUGGCAGAGACACCAAAUGAUCCAGAUGUGAUCAGCCUGACAGUGCGAGCUUCACAUUUCCAUCCAGACGUCAUCACUUUCCGCUGGUUCUGUCAAGGGGGUGAGCUGAGCCCCGUGGCCUCCCAGGCAUCGUCCUCCCCUCGGCCCAACUCUGAAGGCUUCUUCUCAGCCUACAGUCAAUGCAAACUUCCCCGCUCCGAGCUGGAGAAGGGCAGCACCAAAGUGUGGGUCAGUGUCCAUCACAUUGCACUGAAGCAGCCUGUAACACGCGAGACAAGAGGCUUCAUAAAAAGACCAUGUGUGUCCGAAAUCAUCAGUACCACUAACACAGACCAAAGUGUAACCCUGGGAUGUGAAAUCUCCGACUUCUACCCUCCAAAUGUGUCUGUGUCGUGGCUGAAAAUGAGGGAAGGCCUGCAGGAUGACCGGGAGGAAGAGCUGGUCAAAGGAGGAGAGUUAUUUGGUCCUUUGCAAACUCAUCCUCACCUUUACAAAGCCACAGCCACUCUGAGAAGACCCCCCAGUCUAGACAAACAGCAGAGAGAAGCAGGCAUCAUCUGCAGAGUAGAGCAUUGUUCACUGCCAGAGCCCAUCGAGAGACUGUGGAGAAAUGUGGACUCUGGGGCUCCAUACAUACCUCCAUCCAUUUCUGUGUGUUGGAGCAGUGAAGGCGUGGGGGUUUUCUCUCUCCUCCUGAAAGGUGGACAUCCCAAAGCCAAGUUGGUCUGGGCAGCAGGGGGCGCUACACUCUUGCCUCUGGAGUCUAGUGAAACAGAGGACAUUGGAGAUAAUGGGCAGAGGGAGCUGAAAAGUGUGUGUGCUCUGGAAAGGUCCACAGGUCCACUGAGGCUGCCAGAAAAGGAGAAGCACAGAAAUGGACACGCAAUAAAAACUAAAGCAGCUGUCACAGACCCCUACACUGAAGGCAUUCAGUACAUUGAUGAGAAAAUCGAUGGAGAAAACAAUAACAUAAGUCAAGACGAAGACACAAAAUCCAUUUCAGAUGAGGACAGCGAUAAAGACGAGCAGGACCCAGGCGCCUUGCACAUCAACAGAGUGAGCCUGACCCACAGUGGCCCCCGAGACAGCGAGAGAGCACGUCUGCGGGUGUGCGUGCAGGUCUCUCACCCUGCCCUCAAGCUUCCUGUGUACCGAAGCUGGACAGAGCCAAAUGAGGAAAUGUCUUCAUCAAUGUAAUAGCCCUGAUGUUAAAAGUGUCAGUUUAUUUCACAUUGUUUAUAUUUGGAACUGGUUUAAGUGUGAUAUUUAUAGAUUUAUGUUUUAUUUUAAAAUUGUUACAUUUAUCUUAUUUAUUACCUCAUGUUGUCUAAUCGCCAUUCCAGAUAUUAUGAUUUUA